UUUCUCUCUAUAAAGAGUGCCGAAAUUCGCCGAGGCGCGUGCUCAUGCACGUGUCCCACCCAGAUGAACAAAGAUAAUCGCUCGUGCAUUCAGUAUACGCCGGCGAGUUGUCGCGUGUGAAAGAAACUGUGCGGCUUAGAGGAGACCGGCUUGGACUAAAAGUGAAAACUCGUCCUUCAAUACUGUCUCGAUAUCGGAUCCUCUUCGCUGAAGAACCUUGAUAAUUAGGCAAGAGCAGCAGGCUUCCUGGAUAAAACAAUCAUCGCUGCGGCAAGAUUUUACAAUGCCACCGCCGUAUCAUCGACGUCAUUAGUGGUGGGCCCUCGUAAUGGCCUCGAUCUUAGGAGAUGGAACGGGUCCCGGAGGGCCCGGGACCUCCCGAUGCCUCUUGCUUUUGCAAAGGUCCCUGGCGAUUCAAUUGACCAGAGGUCCACCUCCUCAUAUCGCAAACGCCAGUCAACGGGAAAGUCCAAAGGAACAUCCAGCCGACGAGAUGUGGAUGUACGACAAAGGCUACAAUCUGUUUCAAAGCUUCUUGGAAGCAAAUUCCAAAUGCUGGUGGAACGCGGCUCUGGUGGAUGCGACACGGCAGCUCAGGUACAAGGGCCACGUGUCACCGGGUGUGCUGAUGGUUAGCGGACCGCCCUGCGCCCUCGAGGUUUUGAGGGCGGCAUGGGCGCGAAACGUUCUACGACCACCCGCGGACCAUUCCAUCACCUGCCUCGGUGAUAUAGAGGACUGUCUGGUAGCUCCAGUUUCUCAAGGUCAGUUCACGCCGCUGCCAGAGGCUCUGUGUUGGGCCAUUCUGGAAUUGACUUCCCAGAGGCAGGCGGCGACCUUGGACACCCUCAGAUCAGCCCUGAGAAACGCCUUCCCGGCCAUGCAGAGGCCCAGCCGAGAGCUCGUUUACGACGCGCUAGCCAAGCUCAUGCAAGAACGAAAGAUCUAUCACACGUCUCAGGGCUACUUCGUCGUAACGCCCGAGACCAAGAGGCUUAGACGCGACUCCGGUAGCUCUAGGCGGUGUUCCAGGGACGUGAACGGGUCCAGAGGUCAGGGUAGCAUGCUGAUGAGCAACGACGAGGCGGUGGCACUCGUACACGGCGAGAUGCUUACUCUGCGAGACGGCGAUGUUACGCAUCAGGCCGUACAGACAAACUUGGCGGACGUUAUUUGCGGAGGAAAUCCCAACGACAAGGUCCUGUUCGCCAGGUGUCGGUCGAUGCCCGGUCGUCUCGAGAGGCGACACUCGUUACGGCUCUGGGGCUCGGCCAGACGUUUGCACAGAAGCGGAAGUUCGCGGUCCCUGCCGCGAAGACCCGAAAGGAGCGAUACGUCUUCCAGCGCGGAAUACGCCAGCACGGACAGUGCGCCUCACAGUCCAACUAGCUUUUCUGGGAUUUUUUCAGAGAAGAUAGGCCUGCUCUCCAGGCUCUUUCGGCGGAGCACACGGAGGAAGGGCACACCGUUAAUGGGCACUUUCAGUGCUCAGUAUCCCCCCACCGAGUGGUUUAAUCCGCGCGUUGUGCAUUUGCACAGCGUUGCCACGCAGACAAGGGCCGCCAGCCCUUCGAUGAUGGAGGGUCUCAACCAGUCGCAGGCCAGUUUUCAAGUAUGGGACGACUCGAGCUCGGUGCGAUCAGCCACUCUGCCGAGGCGACAUCGGCGUCAAGCCAGCGGUGAUUCCUCGAGCUUGUUGGCCAACUCGACGCCAAGGAGCUCUCGAAGGCAUCGGUCACCGUGUUCUACUCUACCGAGAUCCAAGUGUUCCAGCUUGAGCAGAUGCACGUCUAGAGCAUCCGUUUUACCGCCUAGCACUACUAAUCAGGAGGCCUAUCAAGCCCGUAAUCAGGCGCAGAACGAUAAAAAUUCAACCAACUCGUCGCCCAGCAGAAGCGGCGGCAGCUCGGGUUCGGUUAGGACGAUGACUGCGAGUCCGGCUAAGACGACCACGUUGGGUAGGCCCAACACCAGGCAGUCUAACUCUAGAAGACCGAGUCACGACUUUAGCAACGGCACUAAAUCGGCUAACGGCUCUCCACAACAUAAGGUAUUACAAAAAACUUCGUCGGGUCACUCGUCUCACUCUAGUGGCAAGUCAGUGUCUAGCACAAAGCUGACUUGCUCGCCAUUGAAAACGGCCACGCUGUCGACGAAAUCGUCACCGCUCAAAGUCGUUCAGCAAGGUUCGCUGACUCCUCUGCAAGAGGCACAGAACUCGAUAACUCUUCAGGUGUCCACUAAUCUGAGCCCGUCGUCGCAAGAGCAACGAACGAUACAGAAUAGCGUGACGCUAGCUUCUAACACAACCAGCACGACGACCAUUUCCGGCUCGCCUGGCACGAAGAUCUACGUUCAACAAAACAACUCGCCGAUGAGGUCCGUGAUCACCUUCGAGGAUGGCACGGUAAAGACGAAGAUUGCCGAGAAGGAAAUAAUCGAUUGCAAGGAAAAGCAGGAGAGAGAGCUGGUGGCCGAGAAGGCCUACAAGACUCGGGUGGAUGAGGAGAAGUUCUUCAAAUCAAAGUUAGAUGACGAAAAGCUGAACAAAUGCUCGGUCAAAGUCGAACGUCCAUCGUCACUUUAUGCAUCAAAGGAACUUAAAACGAGUCUUCUGCUAUCGGAAUCUGACAAGGAAAAUAAGCCGAAGGUCGAGGAGGAAGUGCCUAACAAGUUGAAAUUGACGAACCGUCUGAACAAUAGUCAGGCUCAUUUGAUCGAUGGUUCUACCAACAACAUUGACAAGAAUUCUUUAGUACACGAAGCCGCCGCCUUAUCCUCCACGAAGAAUACUAACGACGCAAUGAACAAUUCGCGCAAACUCAGCCUGUCGUUGUCGAAGGACGCGCUGAGCUAUCGUAACUUGCUGCGUCCCGGUUCGAAGAACAACAUUGCCUCAAAUCCACCAUCGCCUACGAAAUCGUACGACGGUUUCGGUGGCUCUUUCAACGACGUCUACAUCGAAAAUCUGGAGACAGUGAAACAGCAACGGGCUCCGCAGGGUUCCGAGCCUAAUCUGGAGAAGACCGUGAGUCGAGGCUCGGAUUUGCAUUCUUAUCCCAGUCUUAGUGAUAUGCAAGUUCAGUUCACCAGCCUGGCGGCGCAGAAAAUCCUCAAAGGUUGCCCGAUCAACAGCGUGGAUACUCUGGUGGAGGUGAACAUGGCGGCCGCCGAUAAGCCUAACAAUUGCGACGUCACUAUUCACACAGAUUUCGGUCUCGUUUGAAAUUUUGUUCUCGUUGAUUAUUAAUGUCAUAAAUGAAGACAAGGAACUGUCGAUCCUUACACCACACUCUGGCAUAUUCCAUCCAUAAAAAACAACGUGCCUCGAGGCAAAUAAUAUCGAAGAAUAAACGUCGCUAACGCGCCUUGCUACAUCAAGAUAGGGAGUCAUUUUCUUUUAAUAAAAAGGUUAUACACAAUUUACGUAAGAAUGUUAUACACGGUACACGCGUAACAGUUACCAGUAAUCUGUCAUUUAUAUAUAUCUCUUUCCUGUUUUUUAUCGAACGUCCGUGUUUUCAAACAAUCGCUGUGCCAAUCCAAUUUGUAUUAUUAAAGCAAAUACUGUUAUAAGAAAGAUCACAUCAGGCCAAAACCCAAGUUUUUAACCUUGCUUGUCUUAAUAUAAAGAUUCUCUUAAAAAUGUUAUCUCUAAAUAAAUUGUGUCCACUAUUGGAUAUAUUAAAUUAAAGAAUUUUAUAAAUGUUGAAUUUUUAAAAUUAAAUUCAUAUGUAAUUUGUAUAGCUAAAUAAUGUGAAAAAAAUAUAAAACGCAUUUCGUUUUAUUUUCACGUUCUGUACUUAAAAAUGUGCUAAAAGCAUAAUGAUUAAAAACGCAGAUCUUUUUUAUUGUUGAGACAAGCGGUUAUCAUCCAUUUCGUGUUUUGUAACUUAUUUAAAGAUCGCAAAGAUAAUGCAAGAUUUAUUUGGAUUUUUGAAACUAGAGCAUACAUAUAUUUGAUUAAUUCUUUUCAAAUUUUGAAAUAUACGCAUUGAUUCAAUGGAUACGCGUUUAGUCGUUUUGCAUCGCUUUACUCCCGCUAAAGCGAUUUGUCAAAGCAAUAUUUCAUAUACAAUAGUUACACGCGACUCACAAUUAAAGAAAUUCUCUUACAAAAAAUGACAAUUUUUCCUAAUUAUUAAAAAAACACUGCCAUUUUUUAUACAUGUAUACAUUGAAAACAUAUUUAAUAUUAAUUAUCUUGCAAUACAGCGAUAAAAAAAACUUUCAGUUUCUUAUAGUAAAGUACAUAUGUGCAAAUGGUACAGCGAAAUUUUAUAUAUAGCGAGAUUUUCGACAAAAUCAUUCCUCGAACAAUAAUAUCGUUAAUAAAAAGCGGGGAAAAAUGCCUUUUAUUAGCCACGCAUUAAGCGCAAGCAAUUAAUAGAUUAAUCGCAAUGCCGUCCCCAAAAAACCUGUAAUGCAGCAAGGAGAAAAAAAGACGAGUGUUGUAAUUCUCGCUGCUCUACACAGCGAAGAUUUGAUAUAUCACAAGUAUAUAUAGUGUAGAAAAAGGACGUUUUCUCUUGCAACGCAGCCGGUACCAUUCGCAAUUAGUGCAAUCGUAAAUCUAUAAGUGCCAAAAAACUUAUCGUAGUACUUAAUGAAACAACCGCCUUAAUUAAGAGUCACGGCGAUUUCGCGGCAUUCGCUGACGACGACGACGAUUUCGUAAACACGCAAAUAAAUCGCGAGAAGAAAGAAAAUAAUGCAAAGCGUAAACCGUAGAGUUAAAAAUGGUAGGCAAUUAAAUAAGUAUGGGAGAAAAAAGAAAAAAAGGAAAAAGAGACAUAUUCGUCUGCUUUGUACAUUUCAUACUCCGCAUCGCAAAUUAACCGACCGGUUGGAUUCAGAAUUAUCGUUCACUCUAUUUCAAGGAUGAAGACGCCGACUUUUUAUUUCAUGAUUUCUCAAGUGCUUAAGUUACUUAUUGUUACGAUUAUUGUUAUAUAAAUACUUUUAUUAUUACAAUUUAUCAAUUAUAUUAAUUACGGUUUAUAUAUUAAUUAACUUAUA